AUGUUCAGUACACUACGGAUGGUGUCUGUGCCACUCAUUGUCUCGGGUAUUGUCUCUUCCCUGGCCUCGUUAUCGAUGAAGACUUCCGGUAGUAUCGGACUGAGGGCGUUGGUCUACUACUUGACAACCACUCUUUGUGCUGUCGUCACUGGUAGGUCUUUGACAAUCGAAGUCCCCGGACUGAUAUCUGUCCCUGGGACAAACAUGCUUGGCCUGAUUGUCUUCUCCAUUCUUAUCGGCUGUAUCCUGUCUAUUAUGGAGGAAAAGGCCAAACCAAUGACUGACCUCUUCCGGUGUAUGUACCAGGUGGUGAUGCGAAUGAUUGCUAUAUUUAUUUGCGCUGUGACACUCCCCGUAACAAUGGACUGUCUGGUCAACAAGAAUACCGUUGAUAGUCGAGUUGUCAACUUCAUCACUCCAAUAGGUGCCAUUAUCAAUAUGGACGGAUGUGCCCUAUAUAUUCCUAUGUUAACAAUAUUCUUUUCCCAGCGGCUCGGCUUGACGUUAGAUUUCGGAAACUACUUCAUAAUUGGUGAAAGGUUCCGAGCUGUCGUCAAUGUUAACGGCGAUUCACUCGGGGCCGGAAUAGUCAAUCAUUUGUCUUCUAAAGUUCUAAACAGCGAGACAGACAGCAAGCAGGAGACUGACGCCAAGGACAGAAGCAGGUCUAUUAGCCUCGGAGAAACAGAGGGUCUGGUGUGA